CCUAUCUCUAAUAGAAUAUAUUAUGAACAGUCACAUUUCGAAAUCAUUUUGUCGGACAAAUGCCAGCACAAGUCGUUCACAGUGUGGCAGGAAUCAGACUGCAAAAGCCAGCGCUAUGUUUGUCGCUGUUUUUCUGGUUACUGCCGCAACAAAUAUUGGGGUCAUACUAUGUGUCACUUCCACGUUCCUUAAUUCCGGGAUACCCGCUGGAUAUCUCCGUCCAGAUCACCAAUGCUCCCUCGCCUGUCCUCAUCGAAGCUUCGCUUUUUGAAUUAGGACAAUCUACGCCUGUGUCGCGAACAAUUAAUACCGUUCAGUCUGGGCAUCCACAACGAAUGCAGAUACAUGUGGGUAUACUUACAUUUUUAUUGAUAAAGUGGUUGGUAUUAUACGUGAGUCGGGCCACUGCCCUGUUUCUUUUAUAUAAGGCUCUUAUUACACAGACAUUGAACACAAAUUCAAAAUAG